AUGAGCUCUGCCACGGUCGAAGAGUUUGUCGAACUGCUCAAUGCCGAGCAGCAUGUGGAUCUGCAAAAGCUGCGCGAUCUGGCGCGUCACGGCGUGCAACCCUCGGUACGCGGCGAAGUUUGGCUCUAUCUGCUCGGCGUGCUGAGCGACGACAAGGGACAGGAGAUGACUUCUGUGCGCAGCAAGUAUCUAGCGUACGAGGCGCUCGACAAGCACAACCCCGCGCUCGAGAAGCGGGUGCGUAGCGAGUGUCAACGGUACUACCAGAAACGGCUCGGCACACGACCGCCACCGGGUCGGACGCUAAUGCGAAGCUCGAAGAGCGUGCUUUCGCGCAAACCGGGUGGAUUCUCUGCUGCUGCAAUCGGUGCGGGUGCAAAUGGAACGGGUGGGAUCUUGCUGAGCAGGGAUUUCUCGUUGAAUGGCUCUUCCGCGCAGAGCACGUCCGGAUCGGGAUUGUUGAUGGGCGACGGGCCCCCAAAUGCGAGUGCGCUGGCGACGACGACAUUGAACGGGUCUGAUAGGGGGCCGAAUCGGGUCAAUGACGGCCGGAUUCAUGCUUUGGGCGGCAUCAUCGGCGAGAGCGGCGUCUCUGCAGCGAUGGACGCCGAUGAUCCGGAUGCAGCGGCGGCUCUCGAACUCAAGCGAUUUGGUCGCAGUGUGGAAAACAUCAUUUGCGCCUUUAUGAAUCGAUGUGCUGCGGCAGAGACGGCGCGGAGACAGGCUUCGCAGGGUACCAACGAUGCGGGUCCCUCGGCACCCGGAUUGCAACGGAGCUCGGGGACUGCCACCAACGGAAACACAAGCACAACAGCGUCGGAGGGGGCAAGGGGACGUCUAGAAAACACAAAAGAUGCGGAAGAGGAUCCGUUCCGAUCGAGCAAGACAGCAGAAAGCAGCGGCAAUGGCAGCGGACUGUUCACCGAGGUCGACGCUAUCGGUGCGGCAGUGGGCUCAACGCUAGCACGGCACGGACAACACAGCAGCGGCACCAGCUCACGCUCGCGGUCUCGGGCCGGUUCGAUGGGCAGCACAAGCAACAACGGUGCAGCAGUCGGCGCUUCCAGCAACGCUGUUCUGACGGGGCGGAGCGGUACAAGCGUCGAAGACGCGGUACGAUCGCGGAUGCCGCGCGAGUACGAGUGGCAGCCACAGGUGGACCACAGCACGGGGGGCACGUCGGGCACAGCGGCCGAGUUCCAUCCUGCGCUGGUGUACCUGUGCGCACCGUUCGUGCAAUGCGUGCGUGUGGAAGCGGGCAUGUACUUUGCGUUUGAAAAGCUGAUGAUGCUGAUGGCGCGGCACAGUGCACGCCAUCCGUUGCCGCGGCAGGUGGCUACGUUUCUGACGCUGUUCCGUACGACUCUGCCCGAGCUGCACUCGUACUUUGAAGAGGAGGAGGUGGACAUUAUCGGGUUCGCGACCAACUGGUUGCAGCAUCUGUUGGCGGGAGAGUUGAGGAUUGAGGAUCUGAUGCGGUUGUGGGAUACGUACUUCGCGUUGCCAGAUUUCCUUGAUCUGCAUCUGUAUGUUUGCAUUGCGAUACUGACCAACUGCAAGGACUCGCUGGAGGAGCUGGAUCGGUCCGAGACGAGGAGCAUGCUGGAUAGCUUACCUGCGUUGGAUAUAGAUCGGAUCAUCAACGAGGCGAUCAACAUCCGGUUGAGCCACCAACGAUCGCAGCGGACAGACGAUGUUUGA